CAGCGGUUCAUUCAUCUUCUUCCAUAGAGAGGUGAGUUAAAGGGAAGGUUACCAUACAUGUGGGCAGCACCACUGCUGUGAGAGGAGUUGAGGAGCAAAGACACACUGUUCUAACCACCAAGGUGCGUUUACUCAGCCAGACAACUUAAGAGGUGAAGCAUCAUGGGGAAACACAACAGCAAACUGGCCCCAGAGGUUUUGGAUGACCUGACGAAGAACACCGAGUUCAACGAAGCAGAACUCAAGCAGUGGUACAAAGGCUUCCUCAAAGACUGUCCCUCUGGGAUCCUAAACCUGGACGAGUUCCAGCAGCUUUAUGUGAAAUUUUUCCCAUAUGGUGACGCCUCCAAGUUCGCGCAGCAUGCCUUCCGGACGUUCGACAAGAAUGGCGACGGAACCAUCGACUUCAGGGAGUUCAUCUGUGCACUUUCAAUCACCUCCAGAGGAAGCUUUGAGCAGAAGCUCAACUGGGCGUUUAAUAUGUAUGACUUGGAUGGCGACGGCAAGAUCACCCGCGUGGAGAUGUUAGAGAUUAUUGAGGCCAUCUACAAGAUGGUCGGCACGGUCAUCAUGAUGCGCAUGAACGAGGACGGCUUGACACCUCAGCAGCGCGUGGACAAGAUAUUCUCAAAGAUGGACAAGGACCACAACGACGAAAUCACCCUGGAGGAGUUCAAGGAGGCGGCCAAGUCUGACCCGUCCAUUGUCUUACUGCUGCAGUGUGACAUGCAGAAGUGAGGAGAGACAGGUGGGGGUCCAAGGGGAGGGAGGGCAGGAAUAGGGUGAAGAGAAACACAAGAUGGAAGGUGAACAAUAAAGGAGUGUCAGGAGAAUAGAAGCUGAGGGUGAGGGGGAGGAGACAAAGCUUCAUUUUCUUCCGUCUGAGCAAGUGAUCCAUAAUUGGCAUCCCCAUUGAUUUCUUUUAAUACACACUGACUCAGUGACCUCAGACGUCCUCUGUUUGUGUUGGAAUUCGUUUAAGACCAAUUCGUCCAAUGUCAAACAGAUUAUACAGCAGAACAUGAAGUCUUCCAGUUAACUGGGAAAUAACCAUCGACUUGUUCCGUCACCAGAAAGGCACUGGGACAGCGCCAGCCUCCACCAAGCCUCUCGUUUGACUUUGUCAGAUUUAUUUAUUUAUAACUCGACAUUUUCUUAUCUAUAUCAUUUGUAUUAAUGCACCCAGUCAAACAGCAGGUGGCAGAAGCGCAAGCAGCCUGUAAAAGGCACAGAGGUGGCACAAAACUUCAUUUCCAGACAUUGCGCUUAUGGCACUCUUGCUUCUUCAAGCUUGCCUAAAGACAAUCUUUUGUAUGUAUUAAAUAGUGGAAACCUGCUUUUAUUUAUUACAUUUUUUUCGGAAACUAUUUCAAUUAAAACGCAAAGGUUAGCGCAGUCCUUGUACAUAGCAAAAGGUGCUCAAUGCUUUUGAAUCCUCAUUUCUUACAUUUUCUUCAUCCAAAUCUGCCCAUAACAGUCUAGUUUUUACCUUGACGAUGUAACGUCUGUGUUUCAUGUCCGAGUGCAGUUGAGUUAAAUCAGCAGCUGCUAAAAGAGGAAACUGUUUUGAUAGAUUUAAGCAUGAUGUUCAAUUCCCUGCUGUCAAGCAGGCCGACAGGUGACACAUUUCUCAGGCGAGCAGCAUGCUGACGCACACUGAUGUGUCGCGGCCGUCCUCACAUUGCUCGCAUUUUAAUGAAAAGCCUAUAUGUUACGAACAUAUUUAAUUAGCUCUGCGCUUAUCUCUCCCGCAGCUGUGUCAGCGUGGCACAAUGUGAUCAGCGAGAGUCAAUGAGCCAAGAUACAACAAUACAAUUAAUUUUUCUUAGGCCUGAAAUCCUAUGCCAUUCUGCUCCGUUUUAAUUUGUGAAUUUAUACAAAUUGGAUCACAUGUGGAAAUUAGCUGGUGAGGAAAGGUUAGACGGCCCCUCCAGGAUAUUUAGGCAGGGAAGUGAAGCUGAAGGCCUGUUGACGUCACACCACCAUACCGAUCUUAUUUAUAAAGGUAACAGAUGUGGGCUGCAAAGUUUGGCUCACAAGUGAAUAAAAACAAACUCCCACUGAAAUUUAAGAGUAAAAUGAAUGAGAGGAUGAGUUUGAAAAAUGCUCAACACCCUUUUUCUGUAGUGUCAUAAUAACUUUAUAAAUGAAUAGCAAUAAUUUCUGACAAACUGGGACACACAGAAGUCACAAUCUGCAUCUUUCUUCAGACAUUUGGAAGAGCUUGGCAACCAGAGAUCCCUAUUGUUCCCACAGGCCUUUAUCUAGGAUUUUCAGACAAUGAGGUGUCCCAAUGUUGUGUUUGGUGACAAUUUAGCAAAUGUUUUGAAACAUCUCUGGAACUUUACUUCCCGCAUUUUGGGGCAAGUUUGGGGGCAUUUUUUUAAAAUCGGUCUUUUAUUUGAGUCUGGAUUAAAAUAUCACCAGUAAAACUCACAACAGUAAACGCAACAGUGUCACAACUCACAGGAUGUGGAUAAACACGACAACAAAUGCCCACCAUGGUAAAGCCGCAGGUCCACGAAUACAUGACAGUCAGCAGAUUUUGAUCUAAUACAGUGACCUCACCAGGAGAAACAGCCUUUUCAUGGAGACCAGUGUGACCUAUGGUUAGGGCACUGGAAAUGCAGGGCUUCCUGCUGAUAAAAACACGGUAUCCAGACACCCCUCUACCUAAAAGCCUGGGUUACUGGAGGCGGCAUGUAUUGCACACAUCUGACUGUCUAUGAGCAAAAAAGUUAUAGAUGUAUUCCAACGAAAUACUGAUGAAAGAACUCGAGCGUCCUUGGAAGACGGGCAGGAAUUCUGGAAUGUUGUUCAAGGAUGUUUGUCUGAAGGGACAGAUGAGAUCCAGCAUAACUCACCACCAUCUACAAUGUAAAGUAGGUGAAGCAGGUUUAUAUUCACUAUAGUUGUUCAGAGAAACUGAAAUAGCUCAAUAAAGUCGGCGAAACAAACACAACCAAGUGACGUAACUUGCAGCGCUGUAAUUACACACUGUGAUUAGAUACCACAUGAAAAGGCCACGUCUUCCUGCCUGAUUCACUGUUGUUCCACAUGAAAAGCGGCAAAAGUGGCUUCUUCUCCGGUCGUUGCACGCUCUUUUGUGUGCUUCCUCCCGAAAUGUCAGGGAGGAAGUGCUUUGAUAGCCAGUGCAGGGAACUCCGGUGAACUCGGCUCAGAUCUAAAAUCAAUGAUAAAAAAAAAAAAAGACGGUUGAAAAGGUUGAAAAGAAGGCAGCACAUUGGUUUGUUUUGCUCCCUUUGGCUUUGUUCACGGCUCUCAUUUGUCGGAGACUGCACAUCCACAACAACAGUACGGGGGAAAUCAGUAACAAAAAACAAAGCAGACAAUCUAAAAAAAAAACACCUGUCGAAUGAAGAGUGAGUCUCCCCCCCUUCUCCUCAGCGGCCUGAUAAUGUACAUUACAACUCCACUGUAAUCAUAUGUAUGAACUGAUGUUGUACGUAAAUGUGACUAGAUUAGAUCAGAUUUCAUAUGGCAACACUGCUACUGUGUGUUGUGUCCGGACACACGUGUUUUGUAUCAUUUGUGUUGUAGGAGCUGUCUGUCUGGCUUGUGUAAUCCCCAGAGUGUUAACUGUCUCACCACAAUCCAGAGUAUUAAUAUGUGCACUGGUAUCCAUGGUUCAACUCUCUCACUUCACAUUGGGAGGCUGGGGUGUUGAACUUGGAUGGGAAUGGUGAGCUGCUCUGUGUUACAGUGGCACCCAGUUCACGUCGGGAUCAUGUCGCACCUCGGCUGCACCGUCCCGCUACUUAUGACUCACAAGCUUCUUCUGCGUCACAUGUCAAACUCUUGCAAAGUGAGUUUGAAGGAGGGGGAUGUGGAGUGGAUUUACUUGGACAGCGCUGCUAAACCUUUUCUUCUGAGUUAGUGCUAAACAACCUCGCUAAAUAUGUCUAAAUCUAUUUAUUUUUGAAGACAAAAAUCAGCUGUAAUGUUUUAUGGUUAUUUUCUUCACUGAAGACAAGUCGGAUUAUUCAAAUGUACCCAUCAAGUUUGAAUAAACUGGUGACCUUUAUUCUAUUUCUUCAGCAGAGUUGCAGAAAUAAAUCAAUAUUUAAAUCUGCCUGGAUUAACAGUGAUGGAUUUUACUGCCUUUGUUUUCUCUCUCAAGAAAUUAAGAAAGCCAGCUGAAUAAUUUCAAAUGAAAUGUGGACUCAUUGCUGCCCAUGUCAAUGUUGCUAUAAAUGUUAUUCCAGUGAUAUCUGUAAAAUAUGUUCUGACUUGGCAGUGGUUUUGACAAAUGUCACUUGAACUUGUGACCGUCCUGGUGUAAUAGGACACCACAGAUGUUUCUUCUAAAAGUAGCUUUUAGUUUUCAUUUUUGUUCUAGCUGAGUUUUUACUAAGAGAGACAUUUAGUUGACUCCAUGUGCCAAAAAUAGAGCUGUCCAGAAUAUGAAAUAUUUGAUGUUUGUGAGUGCAGAAGCAAUGUGACACAAAUUCAAAGGAAAAUCCUCAAGCGUGAAAUGCGCCUCUGCUCUUCAACGUUUCUCUCUGAUGUUUCUACACCUGUAAAGUUGUCCUGAUCAUUGUACUUAUUUCAAUAUUGUCCUAGAAUAACAAGACGGUGCAAUUAUUUUUGUUACAUAGAAUAAAACACAUGGGUGUCUGUUGUGAUGGUCUUGUUUCAGGUCGACUCGCACACACAGCAAAGGGAGGCAAGAUUAUGAGUCACUGCUUUAGCAUGAUGUCAUACCACUGCAGUGAUGUCACCCUCCUGUUCUCAUGGUAACCUGGUAUGCUGGGGCUGCAGUAGAGGGCGACACGCACUGUUACAAAAGAACACACCAACACAGAUGUGAUUCAUUCAAAAUUGAAUUCGAUCAAGUUGCGGCCCCACGACAGGUAGAAGGAAGGUGCGCAGGAACAGCAGACGACUCCAAAUCUAACAUUGAAUUCUUUCAUACUCUUUGUA